CGCGAUCCCGACCGACGCAGACCCGACGCACCCGAAGGAUCCCCAGCGGGUUCUGGGAGGACUGUUGUUGCACACACGCGUUCGUGGAUUGUCGGAGCGCAGGCCGGCUGAACAUCGUUGCUGUCCUUGCCUCGCCUCCAUCAGCAAGGGCAGGAGGAAGUCGGCGCGCGGGGCCCACGUGCUCCUGCCGGAUUGGGAGUGGCUGAGGGUGAGCUCCUGGCUGUCCUCCGAGCCCAGCGAACUGUCCAAGUGCGCCCGCCGGGCAGACACGAAGCCUUUCUGAGCCAUACUGACCCGUCAGCAGGCCUGGCACUGAUGACCGUUCUCUUGGCUAUACGCUCUCCCGCUCUCACCCUCUCCACCAUAUAUAGGGCACCUGACUGCACCGAGACUCCUCACACCUCCCGCCCUCUCACACACCAACAACACCAACCCUCACAACUCACCUAGGACUCUAAGCCAUGAAGGUUUUGGCCAUCUUGUACCGCGGCGGUUCGGCAGCCCAGGAAGAGCCCCGUCUGCUGGGUACCAUUGAGAACCAGCUCGGCAUUCGUCCAUGGCUCGAGUCCCUUGGCCACGAGCUGAUUGUAUCCGAUGAUAAGGAAGGCCCGAGCAGCGACUUCCAGAAGCACAUCGUCGACGCGGAGGUGCUGAUCACCACGCCCUUCCACCCAGGUUACCUCACCCGUGACCUUGUUGAGAAGGCCAAGAACCUGAAACUUUGCGUCACCGCUGGUGUUGGCUCCGACCACGUCGAUCUCAACGCAUGUGUCGAACGGGGCAUCCAGGUCCUCGAGGUCACUGGCUCCAACGUCGUCUCCGUCGCAGAGCACGUCGUCAUGAGCAUCCUCUUGCUCGUCCGCAACUUCGUCCCUGCGCACGAGAUGAUCGAGCGCGGUGACUGGAUGGUCUCUGAGGUCGCUCGCAACGCGUACGAUCUCGAGGGCAAGGUCGUCGGCACGAUUGGCUGUGGCCGCAUUGGCUACCGUGUGCUCCAACGUGUCACGCCCUUCAACUGCAAGGAGCUCCUCUACUUCGACUAUGCUGACCUCCCUGCCGAUGCCGCCAAGGCCAUCAACGCCCGCCGUGUUCUUGAUCUCAAGGAUAUGGUUUCUCAGUGCGACGUUGUCACUGUCAACUGCCCUCUGCACGAGGGUACGCGUGGCCUCGUCAACGCUGAGCUCCUGAAGCACUUCAAGAAGGGUGCGUGGAUCGUCAACACCGCUCGUGGUGCCAUCUGUGACAAGGACGCCAUCGCCGCUGCGCUCAAGUCCGGCCAGAUCAACGGCUAUGCUGGUGAUGUGUGGAAUGUCCAGCCCGCGCCGAAGGACCACCCAUGGAGGACGAUGAAGAACCCCAUCGGUGGCGGCAACGGCAUGGUGCCCCAUUACUCCGGCACGACGCUUGACGCCCAGGCGCGGUAUGCCGCCGGCACGAAGCAGAUCCUCGAGAACUACUUCAACGACAAGCCCCAAGAGCCCGCGAACAUCAUCGUUGGCAAGGGCAAGUUCGAGACGAAGGCGUACGGCCAGCGGUGAGCGGUGAGGGGGUUAAAUAUGCCUGCCUUGUUAUUUGCGCCAUCACCUCCUUUGUUGGGCCUUGGUAGUCGUGUUGUAUGUAAGAUACCUCUGUGUUUUGUAGCAUUGUAAAAUGAACGCAUGUCCUGCCACUCUCA